AUGACAAUCAUCAAACUUGAACGUCGAGACGUUAGAUUGCUUCUUCUUUAUGAAUUUCGUCUUGGUCAUUCAGCAAUGGAAGCGGAACGAAACAUAUGCGGUGCGAUGGGUGAGGGAGCACUCUCUUAUAAUACAGCAAAGAGUUGGUUUCAAAAGUUCAAGAACGGCGACUUCAGUCUCGAAGAAAUAGAACGUUCUGGGCGACCGGUAGAGUUAAAUGAAGAAGACCUAGUGAAGCUGGUGGAGGAAGAGCCUCGUCUUAGUCUUCGUGAAAUGGAAGAGAAGCUUGAGUGUUGUCAUAGCACAAUUGCAUGUCACUUGGGUCGCCUUGGUUUUACUUCAAAACUUGGAAUUUGGGUGCCUCAUGAACUUUCGGCAUCACAGAAGCUCACUCGGGUCAACGUUUGUACUCAACUUCUAACUUUUCGUCGAAAGUUCGAUUGGCUGAACAAUCUGGUUACUGGAGAUGAGAAGCCUCAUGUCGCCAAGAAGACUUUCCAAAAGCUGCAAGAUCUUGGUUGGACUGUUUUACCGCAUCCACCAUAUUCUCCAGAUCUUGCACCAACCGACUACCAUUUGUUCUUGUCUCUCAGUGACUACAUGCGCGACAAGCAAUUCGACGACGAAGAGCAUCUCAAAACUGAACUCUCCACUUUCUUCUCAUCGCGUUCGCCGGAUUUCUUCUCCCGUGGCAUCAUGAUGUUACCUAGUAAAUGGCAACAAGUGGUGGACACUAAUGGUGAAUACUUGUGUGAAUAG